AUGUUGAGUCUAACUGGCAACCUGAUCAUCAUCCUCCUCAUAUUAGUGGAUUCUCAUCUCAAAACUGCCAUGUACUUUUUUCUCCAAAAUUUUUCCUUCUUAGAAAUCUCCUUCACUUCUGCCUGCAUUCCUAGAUUCUUGUACAGUAUAUCAACAGGUGACAGGGCCAUUACCUAUAACGCUUGUGCAUGCCAACUAUUUUUCACAGACGUGUUUGCAGUAACAGAAUUUUUUCUCUUGGCCGCCAUGUCUUUUGAUCGCUACGUGGCCAUCUGCAAACCCCUGCAUUACGUGACCAUCAUGAACCAGAGGGUCUGCCAAAGGAUUGUCUUCUGCUGUUGGAUGGCCACCUUGUUGAUCAUCUCCCCACCGUUUAGCUUCGGACUGGCCCUGGAAUUCUGUGACUCUAAUGUCAUUGACCACUUUGUCUGUGAUGUUAAUCCACUCCUGAAGAUCGCCUGCUCAGAGACAAGGUUCAUUGAACAGAUGACUCUUGCUGGCACUGUGCUGAUCUUUAUCCUGACUCUAUGCUUGAGGGUGGCCUUCCAAGUUCAGGCCCCUUCUGACCAAAAAUAUUCGGUGGCAUUCCAGAUUUCAACCAGAAAGAAAGCAUGUGGGCAGUUGUGUGGAUCAAAUCCAAACGAAGUUCACAUCACCUUUGGUUUCUACGUUAAUUACAACAUUUUUAUUCUUCAGGGAAGAGGUGACAGCUAUUGCAACGCAAAUGAUGUUCCCAACGAUUUUUCAAUGAAAAGUCAUCAUUUCAGGUGCUAUGCAUUUAGUUCUGUGUACAUCUUUCUGCUUGGACUAUACAGCUAUGGAAAUGAGGCUGCUUCUGUUCAGUAG